AGGAAGACUUUCAAGAGAGUCUCAACACACAGUAAACAGAUGGAUAUUCCUGCCAGUGUUGGUGCAGUUGACUCCACAUUCCCACCCACUGCAUACAGCGAGAUCAAUGAGUUUCCUCUUUUUGAAGGGCCUCCUGCAACAUCACCCUUAUAUACACCUGCCAUAGCACCACCUCCCUACAGAGAGAUAGACAGAGUUCAAGGCUUUCCUCAAAACACUAAUAGAACUAGGGCAAACCCUUAUCCUGUCCUCAAUGUGCCCACACAAAUCACAAUGGUCAACCACUCACAGCAAGUGUUGAUGCAGCAGACAGUGAGGACAGUAGCCCCUCAGGUGAUAGUGGUGCAGCCACAGCAGAGGGUUGUUGUAUUGGGUGACACACCAACAGAGACUGUGUGCCAAUUCUGCCAUGAGAACAUCCUCACUAAUGUGGAAUAUAAACCUGGUGCUGCUGCAUGGGGCAUGUGCUGCUUAUUAACUCUGCUGGGGCUUAUUUGUGGAUUUUGCCUCAUCCCAUUCUUUGUCAGGGGGUUCCAGGAUGCCCAUCACACCUGUCCUAACUGCUUCAGGCACUUAGGAAUAUAUAACCGUAAAUAACUACACAUCCACAACAUGAUCAAUACUACAGAUGUGCAAAUCCCCCAGUUUUCAUAAUCAAACAACUGAAGUAGUCGGGUAGUCGGUGUUAAACAUAAAAAUACAUACUUAGGCUCUGUUAUGUUCACGUGACCCCGAUUAGAUGCAUUUCAGAUGGGUAAAUGGAUGCUAACUGAUUUUCAACAAAUAAAUAGGCUAAAUAAGUAUUACAACUUAUUGCACAAAACUGUCAAAGUAAGAAAUAAGAAAGGCUCCAAAACAGAGCAGUACAAAACCUCUUAUGCACAUCCUGAACAUAACAGCAAGUAAUGUUUACCACAGACCAUAUUUUACUCAUAAGUUGAAAAACCAUUAUAAACACCUAUAGGAAAAUCCUGAAGAAAAACAUGGCGAAUUAGACUUCCGGAUUCACCUGCAAAUUGAGGACAUGGCUGAACAGCAGCUCUAUUAAAAGCUGUAUAACAGAACUUUGGGCUCUCUAGCGACAUCUGUGAUUGAAACCUAAAAGUGCAAGCAACUUGGAGGAACAUUUUAUGUGGGUUGUGUUAAUGGCAAAGCUCUUCUGUGCAGAAGAAUGGUUUGAGGUUACCUGAAAUAUGUUUAUCACUUUUUUCACCUGCACGAUUUUCACCUGCAGAGCUGGAGUCAUGACGCACUAUUUUUCAUCUUGAUGUUAUGUAAUUUGUUUAAACAUUUAUAGCUGAGAUAUUUUUUGCUUUGAGGAAGACAUUCUUAUUUACAUGUUGUAAUAUGAUCAUUCAAAUGUUUAUCCACUGCAGAUACACUUUCAUAGGUUACUAAUGUCCGUAACUAAUUAAUAAUUAGCUCACAUGUGUCGACUUUACAUUAAGGUGCAAUUUCAUAGUUUACUAAUGUAUGUAACUAAUUAAUUGUUGCAUUUUCAUCAUUGGUAAUAAAUGGGUAAGUCAUCAAUAA